CUCAUCCGAGGCAAUUUGAGAUAUCCACCGAGUAUUUUCAAUCUAUGACAAUAAUAACGCGGUUCCUUUUUCAGUAUGUAUAUACCAAAAAAAAAAAAGAGCCUAGUUGAUCUUUUAUCAACAUCAUUCAUAUCGUCAACGACAGUAUCGGUAAAUACAACUGUAUCAUGAUACAAAGUCAAAAGGCUUCAGAAAAAUAUGGCCGUACAUAUAUAAAAAGAGGUACUUCUCAAUGACAAAAAAAAAAAGUUUCCUUCUUCCUUAUCAAUUUUCUGAAAUCAUCCCUUUUGUUGAUACAACACACAGACAACGCACACAUAUAUACAAUAUGCGUACGAAUCGAGUUCUUUCCCUCCUUGCCGUGAUCGCUCUUGUAGUCUCAGCCAAGGCAGCAGAAGAUGAUGUAGAUUAUUCAGAGGAUGGUCUAGUGGAUGCUGAUGCAGCAACAUUGGUAUCAACAACAACCAUCACCAAGACAUUUUAUGGUCAACCCACUACUGCACCUGAAGAAAAACCUGAAAGGGAUAAUGAAGAACAAGAAGAAGAAGAAUUAUUAGAUGAAGAGAAUGGUGAUCAAGAAAAGAAAAAAGACAGACCUCGUAAAGAAAAGCAUGAUGGUGAUUUUUUUGAACCUCCUGAACCUUCCUACACAACCGUCACCACUACAUCAUAUACUGCCACACGCACAAAGAAACCUAAGCAUGAUAAGACUCGUACUACCACAAAGACAUAUCAAGCGUCCCCCACAAGUGAAAAUAAGAAACCAACUCCCCAACCUACUAAUAAUCCUCCUGCCACAUCGUCCAAAUCAUCAUCAUCAUCAUCAUCAUCCAAAUCAUCAUCAUCGUCAUCAUCAUCAUCAAGCCGUCCAUCCGAUAUGAAAAAGGUGCCUAGUAGUUCCUCUUCAAUGAGCGUGAGUGUGACCAAUAGUGGCAGUAGUCGUACACCUCGUCCUUUGAGUAACAGUCUCAAUGCACGUCCACCUUCAUCAGCCAAUGGUUCACGUGCCAUUAUUGCUACCACUCCCUCAGCAUCACCAUCAUCAUCAUUAUCUAAGGUAUCUUCACUAUCUGCAUCUAUGAAACCCUCUGGUGUGUCAUUGAAUAUGUCAUCCUCCCCUACAAACAGUGUUGCCCAUCCUACCACGGUCGAUACCAAUGUCAAUAGAAAAAUCGGCCCUUCUGCCGUGACCAGUAGUACAAAUCAUGCUGGUCAUAUCGUGCCUACUGGUAGUUUGACUUUGGCUUGUAUCAUGGCAUUCAUCGCAGCUUUUUAAGUCCAUCCUUUUUUUUUUUUUAAUCUAAU